GAUACGUCGAGCACGUGUAGAACGUCAGCGUUGUUUGUGAACCGGGAAGUCAUGCAGUAUCUGCUGUACAUUAUUAUAUUUUCCUCAUUAAUAAUUAAAGGGAUUGGGCAAAAGGACAACCAAAACUAUGGUCCUUACGAAGUGGUAUUCGAAAAGUUUGAAACUUGUAAAGGUCCCAAGCAGUCAGAGUGUGGCUUGUUUGAAAUCAAAAGUUCAAAAAACAUGUCGGACAUAGUAUUCAACCUAGAUUUUCCUAGGGACUGUCCAGCUACCUCGGCUAAAAUAGCAACUAGCACAAUAACCAACAAUGUUACAAAAAAGUUGUGGAACUACGCUCUGAACAAACCCUGCGAACAUUUUGUUUUGGGCCCCAUUCUUGUUGAUGCGUUCAAUUUGACUAAGAAUUGCAAAGUUAACAAGGGUCGCUACGAGGUACACCUCGACUUCGCAGCGAAGGCUAAGAUGUUUUUGGGCACGAGUUUCUUUUACGGCGAGUACGGGUUCAAAACAAUGUCUUUUAAUAAGGUAAACAACUUUUUCUGUGUGUACGCAGUGUUGAACAUUAAGAAACCUGAUUAAAUAUUUGAAA